CUGUCUACUACAAUUGAAACAUUGGAGAUACGAUGAAGAAGAUUUUUGCUUGCGGCCUUCGGUGCCUGCUUUUGCUCCAUGUUGCCUUUGGUGGUGAACAAGAAUGUGACACGGAGUUCGAAUGCGUGUGGGGGCAGGCGUGUAGUGAAGAUACGAUGACUUGUUUUGAUGAUUGCUGGACUGUAGUUGAAGAUAGUGAUCGCAACGCCAGACUCUUGUUUGCUACGUAUAUACCUAGCACUAACAUGUGCCGAUGCCAAAUGAUCUCAAAAACUCUUUGUGAUGCGGAAUCUCCUGGCCCUGCCCCUGCCCCUGCCCCUGCUCCUGCUCCGUCCACCGGAGGAGAAGUUAUGGAUUAAGUUCUGGCUCUAGUCAAUGACAACACUGUUUGGAUAUGAAGGAAAUAAAUUAUGGAUUGCAACAGAAAAAGAAUGAUAAGUUAAAAUUCUCCAAUUGAAUUUCCUCCCUCACUUUCUCUGCAAAAGCAUUGUUGUGCAUGUAAUUAACCA